AUGAGGCUGAUCUGCUCUUGCAGUGCUUUGCUGCUUCUUGUCCUCAUUCCCAGAGUCUGUCAAAGUGGCAACAUCUUGGUCUUUCCAAGUGAUGGCAGCCACUGGAUAAACAUGGAUAUCCUGCUUCAAGCUUUGAACUCCAGAGGACACAGUAUAACUAUUUUACACUCCAGCAAAAGCUGGUACAUCAAGGAUAAAUCUUCUUAUUACAUUACCUUUACAGUUCAAGUGGAGAGGAACUUAGAUCAGCAGUUCAUUACAGAAAUCAUGACUAAGUUUGUUGAAUUUGAAAAGGGGGAUCUUCCCUUGACAAGUUUUCUCCACACGUCUGUAGGAAUGUUGAGCAUAAUUUUUGACGUUCACGCAGUCGUGGGUGAAACUGUAUCAGCAAUACUAGAUGACCAAGAAUUGAUGAGAAAGAUGAAGGACAGCAAGUUCGACGUAAUGCUCACUGACCCGUGCUGGGGUGGUGGAGUCAUUUUGGCCAAAUAUUUGAACCUCCCUUUGGUUUAUAAUGUUCGCUGGCUACUAGGUGAGGAGGGUCACCUUGCUAUUGCUCCUUCACCUUUAUCAUAUAUACCUAUAACAGGAUCUGGCUACACUGAUAAGAUGAGCUUUUUUCAGAGAGUUAAAAACAUGGUUUUGCAUUUAAUAAACUAUGCACUAAAUCACCAGUUAAAGCAAAUGUACCAGACAAUAUGUGAUAAAUAUCUCGGGCCUGAUUAUGACUAUAACCAGUUAAUGCUUGACGCAGACCUUUGGCUCAUGAGAGCAGACUUUGUGUUUGAGUUCCCUCGUCCCACCAUGCCUAAUGUUAUCUAUAUGGGAGGAUUCCAGUGUAAACCUGCUGAACCUUUACCUGAACAUCUGGAGGAGUUUGUGCAGAGUUCUGGAGAGCACGGAGUCAUCAUCAUGUCUCUGGGGACUUUUGUAAGUGAACUUCCUGCAGACCUGACAAACGAGAUCGCUGCAGCUUUUGCCAAAUUACCUCAGAAAGUCAUCUGGAGGCAUAGAGGUGACAGACCAGCCACUCUGGGCAACAACACUUUAAUAGUAGACUGGAUGCCGCAGAAUAAUCUUUUAGGACAUCCCAAGAUAAAAGUAUUUGUGGCUCAUGGAGGAACAAACGGAGUUCAAGAAGCUAUUUAUCACGGAGUCCCAGUUGUGGGUCUACCUUUGUUUUUCGACCAAUACGACAACCUGCUGCGACUGAAAGAGAGAGGAGCGGCUAAGCUUCUAACCAUUAAUACCCUGGACAAAGACAACAACUUCCUUAAGGCCAUACAGGAGGUUCUAAAUGAGCCUUCCUACAAGAUGAACAUGCAGAGACUCUCCAGGCUGCACAGAGAUCAGCCGCUGAAGCCGCUGGAUAGCGCCCUCUUCUGGAUAGAGUUUGUUAUGAGACACAAAGGUGCAGCUCACCUGAAAGCAGAGUCCUACAGACUGCCCUGGUAUUACUACCACUCUGUUGAUGUAUUUUUGUUCCUGGCUGGAGUUGUGUUGCUCGUGCUUUUAGCUAUUUUCAUUUUGAUGAGGUGUUUGUACACUACAGUGUGUAAGCAUAAAGUGAAACGUGAUUAAUCAUUCAAGGGAUACACAUGUUGUACAUUAAAUCAAUAUGAAGAUGGAUUUGGCAAAUUUUUAGAUUAAUAUCAGAAUUGUUUCACUGCCCAUUUUG